AUGGCUUCGAAUUACAUUGCCGGUCAAGAUGUUCACUUUGACUACGUUCCAGAGGUUCAGGCAGAGGGCAAUUCGGGCAGGAAACGCAGUAGUAAAGCCUGGCGUGGCAAAAACGUGAAAAUGCAGGCGAAACUUAACCGUCCUGGGGAUGAUUAUCCAACGUCUAGGGUGAUUAGACAAGAUGCAAAUGGAAAUGUGAUUGUGUCAGAGUUGUCCGAUGAUUCGGCAACGGAGAGCGGUGAAAAGUCCCGGCACAUGCACUGUUGCCGAUGUGGGCGGUGCCUGACGGAUUCCGAGUAUGAGGAGGAGGAAGAAGAGGUGGAAAAUGGAGAUGUGCAUAAUAAUGAGGAAGGUGGGAGUGAAAAAAUCGCCGAAUACGAGUACGAGUACGAUGAUGAUGACGAAGGAGUGGAUAAUAAUGAGUAUGAGGAUGAGUACGAGGAGGAGAGGCGAUCUGGGCACGGAUACAGGAAUCAGCAGGGCAAAAUACACGAAGAUUUUGAUGAUAAUCACGGCCAUAGUCAAAGUUGCCAUCACAAACAUCACCAGCGACAUCUGGACGAGAACGAAUACAACGAUCCGGGAGAAGAGUACUCGGAAAACGAGUUCAUUCCGGGAAGCAGCGAGGAGGGGGAGUAUGAGGAUGAAGAUGACGUUGAUGAUGAAGAUGACUACAUGGGAUUUGAGGGGGAGACAGAUGACGAUUAUGAAGAAAACGAGGGUAAUUAUCACUACCGGAGCCACGAACGGGUCCAUGGGUCGAGCCGGCAGUCGUUGAACACAAAACGGUACUUGGAGAUAUCCGUGAACCGCCAAAGAAUGCUCAUUGCUAGGUGUCUACUGCAUCCUCGUGUUGGAAACUAUCUUUGGCGUGUGAACAUGUCAACAGAGGAUAAACUAGGAAUGCGGCAGUUCUGGAUGGAGGCUAGCGAACAGAAGAAGCGCGAGAUAGCCUCUGUGACGACCGAGGAUGUGAUGAGGGUGGCUAGAAACGAGCAUGACUUCAAUUGCAACUGUCGUAUGUGCGGAAACAGGAGGGUAAUCCUGGAAAGAGAGUUGCUGAAGCUCUAUAGCCGGCACCGCCAGCUGUGUGGGCUGGAUGCGGGCUCUUUGGACUCGUACCAGGUGAAUUAUAGACUUGUGAACGCGUUUUUGGGUGUGCCUGAGAAGCGUAAGGCCGAUAAAGAGAGCGAAAAUACACCAGACAGCGUUUCUAAAGCGGACGGAAAGGAUUCGUUUGGCGAAGUUAUGUCUGUUGCUGAGGACCUUCUCCGGAACCAGGGGGAGAAAUUCAUCAACACGGUUGAGCAGUUUGACCAAGAGCAUUGUUAUACAAAGCUCUUCCAGCAAAAAACUGCAGAACAUGCUCGCAACUUGUUCAAGUCAUUCAUGAAGGUGAAGAUGGACAAACGGAAGCAUAUGUGGAAAGAGGGUCUUGAAAAGGGCAAUAGUGGUAAGGCCAGAAGGGCUGGAAGGCAGCAAAAAGGUGAAAUACUGCCGAAUGAGGGGGAAGAGCCUGGAGAUUACUAUGAGGAUCAGAUGGAGGAUGAGGAGAAUGGCAAUGAGAGAGAAGGAGAGGAAGGAGGUGACAAUGGAGAAGGGGAAAGAGAAAGAGAAGAAGGAGAUGAUAAUAUUGACGAUAUUGAUGAUAUCGAUGACAUUGACGACAUCGAUAAUAUUGACGAUAUUGACGAUAUUGACGUGGAUGAUGAGCAUUUCGACCAAAAUGCAGUCGAAGGGGAGAAAGAAGAUAAUUGUGAUAGAGCCAACAGUAAUGAAUGUGUGGAUAACGAAAAAGAAGAUGGCAGCCAGGCGGUUGACCCGCGGCUAAUACGCAGAAUGGAGAAGUUGGAGAGGAGACUCGUUGAAAUCACAAAUAUGCUACAGUUGAUGACAGCGAAGCUUCUUGUGAGUCGAUUGAUAGUGGCGUACAAGUACAAAGUGGCGGAGGAUAACAGAAACGAGCUUUUGCAGGAGCUAGAAGAUGAGGAAAAGCGGAAGAAGGAGAAGGAAGAGAAGGAAAGAAAGCGGAAGGAGAAGCAAAAGGAGAAAAAGAGGCUUCAGCAGCAGGCGAGGGAGCAGGAGAAGAAACGUCGGGAGGCUGAAAAGCUGGAAAAGGAGAAAAAGGAGAGAGAGGAGCAGAUCAGAAAGGCUGAGGAGGGCCGGAAGAGAAAAGAGGCUGAGCGGAAGAAAAAGCGGGAGGAGGAGAUGGUGAGAAAGAAGAAGGAGAAGGAAAAGAAGGAGAAGGAGAGAAAGAAGCGCGAGGAGAAGAAGAAACGGGUUGAGGAAGCAAAGAAGAAGAAGCUUGAGGAGCAGAGGAAGCUCGAGGAGAAAAAGAGGCAGGAGGAGGAGCAGAGAAAGCUCGAUGAGAAGAAAAAGCAGCAAGAACUGCAGAGAAAGAGGGACGAGGAGGCCAAGAAGAUGGAGGCAGAAAAUGAGAGAGUGAGAAGAGAAAGGGAGAGGCAUAGGCUGCAGAAAAUGAAGAAGGACACGCAGAAAGAUAAGCAGACGACAAUCCAGGGCGAUACAAACAAUGUUGCACGAAAGUCACCAGCCAACAUGCCGGCAAAUGCAGCAACUGAGCACAUCCCUGCACCGCCUGCAGCAUUUGGAUCAGUUCAAGCUGCAGCAGGUGUGAGUGCACUGUCCGGCAAUGCAAGCUCGUUUGGCAGCAUUGGGGCAAUGGGGAAUUCGGCAGGCUGGAAUUUGCCAAGUGCGAAAUUGUCCGGUUCGCCGUUUGCAAUGCAUUCGAAUGGGUCUUUUUCCGCCGACCCGCUUUCGAGAAACCCGCUCCUGAGCAGCAGUAUGACAGCAUCACGGGCAGGCAGUGUGGAUAUACUUUCGCAGUAUCUGGCAUCAGCUACACUUGGGGAUGUUGUUGGAGACAGUAAGUAUCUAAAGACGGCCAUUCCGUCCACAAAUCCGCUUCUCAACACAUCGUUUUUCGGCGGAGCUGCCACCAGAAACGGCAGAGCGGACAUUUGGGGAAGCACUGCGCCGAAUUCCGGCAUCAGUUCAUCCAGAAAAAGCUCCAUUUGGGGAAACAGCAACCCACAGUUGGCAAAUUCAAACAAGACUCUCGGCUCAGCGGCUGGCACGCCUGCUGACAGCCUCAAGUUCUCUGGAUUGUCCUCCAACAUUCUUGGAUCGGGAACCCUGAUGCCCAACUGGUCUUCUGCCAAUGAACCAUCCAUGAAUAACGGUCUGGACUCUCCACUGGUGCCGCAACCGCUGCUCACUGGCCCAAAAAUGGGCGUGCAUGAUGCCCAGAGGAUCCAGUUGGAAAUCCUAAAGGCAGCACCGAACUUGCCGACGGAGAAAAACGGAUUCUACUCGAUUCCGCUCCUGUAUCAUUACUCGAAGUCGCUGCUCUCGUCACUCCUUCCCAACUUGAGCUUCGACCAGUUUAUAGACGCUUUGAGCGUUCCCUUAAACACAGUUGUCGGUGCGUCUUUCCAGGUUGCAAAAGACGACCUGGGCAACUUCAGCUUUGUGAAAUUGAUUCCGAACAGCCCUGCUGGUCUCGACAAGCAUGCCCAGCAGCUUGGGAUGCUUCCUCCUGGCCUGGAUGGACGCUCCUCGCUUUCCCAUACGGGCAAUAUGAGUGUUGGGGCCAGUGUGAGUCCAAAUGGUGCCUUAAACAAGCCUCUUGGCUUUGGAGCACCCGCUUUUGCAGAUUCCAGCAUGCCACAGAGCAUGACUUUCUCCAACGCGUGGUCCUCAGGCCUAAAUUAA